AUGACCAACAAGGAAAGAGGAACCUUCUUGAUGAUUAACAACAAAAUGUUCAAUAGCAAAACUGGAAUGACUGAAAGGACCGGAACGGAUGUCGAUGCCGAUGCACUCUGUCAACUUUUUCAGAAAUUGGGUUUCAAAAUUCGUCGGUAUGACGAUAGGACUGUUGCCCAGAUGAUUGAUGUUAUUAAAGCUGCUACAAAAGAAGACCACACAAACAAUGAUUGCUUUGCAUUGGCCCUGUUGAGCCACGGAGACGAUGGCAUCAUAUAUGGCAUCGACGACCACAUACCCCUGGAGUUUCUCUUGGCACCUGUCAAAAAAUGCUCAACCUUGGCUGGAAAACCUAAGCUGUUUUUCAUACAGGCAUGUCGGGGAACAAAGUUGGACCCAGGAACGAAGGUGGAGUCGGACAGUGGCGACCAACAAACCAUCAAAAUUCCUAUCGAGGCUGAUUACCUCUAUGCUUAUUCUACAGUUCCUGGCUACUUUUCGUGGCGAAACUCAUUGAAGGGCUCUUGGUUUGUGCAGUCACUGGCAGCGACAUACGACGAUGUCCUACGACAGCAGCAGCAACCAGUUGACCUGCUUAAGAUCUUCACAAGGGUUAACAAGAAAGUCGCCUUUGAAUUUCAAUCCAACUCCAGUAGCCUAAAUAUGGAUAAGAUGAAGCAAGUGCCCUACAUAGCAUCUACUCUAACCAAGGAUUUGUACCUGUAUCCUAAGAAAUAG